AUGGUUCUUUCAGCACAACAUAACACGCAAGAGUCAGCGUCAAACGCUAAAGACUUGGAUAUCCCCGGUCAAAGGCUGGAUCAAGAUUGGGCAAAUAGCCUGAAAGAUCCCGUUCAUACCAACACAAAACCAGUAACUCAUACCGACAACGCUGAAGCGCAGCCCCGCCAAAGAUGGUUUCACUGGCAUGAGCCAGGCACAUCAAAAGCCGACAAGAAAUUGAUUUUCAAGCUUGACUGGUUCCUCUUGAGCUACAGUUGCUUAUGCUUUUUUAUCAAACAAUUGGACGGAAACAAUGUGUCCAAUGCCUACGUGUCCGGCAUGCAGGAGGAGCUUGGAUUUGGACCGGGAAAUGAAUUAAGUUGGAUGAACACAUACUUCAGCAUUGGUGCCAUCCUCGGUGGACCUAUCUCCAAUCUCGCCUUGACUAUCAUCCGACCGAGGUACUGGCUUCCCAGCUGUCUAUUCGCUUGGUCACUUUGUGUGCUAUUUCUUUUCAAAUGCAAUCAUGCAUCCGAAUUCUACGGUCUAAGAUUCUGCAUCGGAUUUUUGGAAUCAGCGGCGUGGCCAGGAAUCCAGUACGUUCUCGGUUGUUGGUACCGCAAAUCCGAGCUCUCGCGUCGGAGUGGUCUGUUCGUCGUGUCGGGGGUUCUGGGACAGAUGUUCUCGGGAUACUUGCAGGCCGCCUUGUUCAAGGGAAUGGAUGGCAAAGGUGGACUAUCGGCGUGGAGAUGGCUGUUUAUUUUCGAUUUCAUUCUCGCCAUCCCGGUGACCAUCUAUGGCUACGUCUUCUCGCCAGAUACUCCUCAAACUACCACUGCAUUUUACCUCUCAGACUGGGAAAGAAAGCGAGCGUGUGAACGAAUUGACGAAGAAGGCAGAACCCCGGUUGGAAAGCUCGACAUGAGUGUUUUCAAGCGCAUCUUCCUAUCGUGGCAGUUGUACACAUUCUCCAUCGCGUAUGCUAUGUGGAGUCUCACGUGUGGGUCAUACGUGAUGCAAUACUUCGGACUUUGGCUCAAGUCGAUGAAAGACUAUUCAGUGCCUCAGAUCAACAAUAUCCCAACUUCCAUGGGUGCCAUCAAUUUUUUCUUCAUGAUCGGUACAGGAUAUGCCGCCGACAAACUUGGCCGACGUGGACCUGUGUGCUUCGCAGUUGGUUGUCUCCUGACCUUCUGUUAUGCUAUAUUGACUGCUUGGCCCCCUUCUCGAAGCCUGAAAAUGGCCGCUUUCGUUCUAUCGGGCUGCUAUGGGUGCUAUACACCUUUGCUUGCUGGGUGGGUGAAUGGAUCAUGCGGUGGAGAUCAGCAGUUGCGUGCAUUCGUCUUGGCGUUCAUGGUCAGUUUGGGAUCAGCUGUUGUCAUCCCAUUCCAACAGCUGCAGUUCCCAAGCGGACAGGCACCGAGGUUUACUCAGACUCAUGGCUGGGUGAGUGGGCUGUGCUUUGUGAUCGCAUUGGCUCUUUGGACAGGGUUUGGAAUUGACAUUGUUGAGAGACUUAAAUGCGGGAGGGGCUUGAGGGGACGUCAGCCAAAGAGAGCUGAUGAGGGGUGUGAUGAAUGUUAA